AUGAAACCACUAAUGUGGUGUGAUAAUCAAAGUGCUCUUGCCUUGGCUUCGAAUCCUGCGUUUCAUCCUUGCACAAAGCAUGUCGAACUGGAUUAUCACUUAUUUUGCGAGUUGGUUACUGGUAAUGCUAUUGUGGUUCGUCAUAUUUCCACUCAUGCUCAGAUUACUGAUCUUCUCACAAAAGCUCUUUAUGUUGAUCGUUUUCAUUUGCUCAAAUCCAAGCUUCAGGUUUGCGCAGCUUCUUUCGGCUCAGCCUUCUACUCCUCUAGCUCUUGA